AAAUUUACAAUCUUUGACCCGCUUCGUCCUCAAUCUUCUUGCUUAUACACAGUCAUAAUCCCUCGUACUAGAAAUUACCGUGCAAAAUUUCCCCACACACGUGCUGCUAUGGUUCUAAAUUUCUAAUCGGCUCUGAUGAGUCACCUUCCCAACAGAUGAGAGAGGAUUUUCUGGCUGAGUUUAGCAAUUAGCACAGCUCUUUGAUCCUAUCUUUGCUUUCUUGCUCCGCCUACCUGGAUGGAUGGAUCCCCCCUCCCUAUUAAUACAGCACGCUUCUUCCUCUUCCUCCUCACGAUUCAAGCCAAACGCAGCCGGCCGACCUCCUCCCGUGCCUUCCUCCUCGAUCCCCGGAGAGAGAAAAAAGGCUCCAUCUUUUUUCCUCUUUCCGUUUUUGGGCGCGAACGCCUCGUCCCCCCCGGAUCGAUCUUGCUCGCGCGCGGUCCGUAGUCGCGUGCUCUGUUCGAAAGGCGAGUCCCUUUUUUUUUUUCUUCUCCGGCCGCGGGCGCUAAUUUUCUUGGAGGGCGACGCGCCACCUUUGGCCCGGCCAUGAACGCGCUCGCCGCCACCAGCCGUAACUUCCGGCAGGCCGCCAGGCUGCUCGGCCUCGACUCCAAGCUCGAGAAGAGCCUCCUGAUCCCGUUCCGCGAGAUCAAGGUGGAAUGCACCAUCCCCAAAGACGAUGGAACCUUGGCGUCCUUCAUUGGGUUCCGCGUGCAGCACGACAAUGCCCGCGGGCCAAUGAAAGGUGGCAUUCGCUAUCACCCUGAGGUUGAUCCAGAUGAAGUAAAUGCACUUGCUCAACUAAUGACAUGGAAGACUGCUGUUGCAGCAAUUCCAUAUGGUGGAGCAAAGGGUGGGAUUGGAUGCGCUCCUGGUGAAUUAAGCACGAGUGAGCUGGAGCGUUUGACACGUGUAUUUACACAGAAAAUUCAUGAUCUUAUUGGAGCUCAUACUGACGUGCCAGCUCCUGACAUGGGAACUAAUUCACAGACCAUGGCUUGGAUUUUGGAUGAGUACUCGAAAUUCCAUGGUCAUUCACCGGCAGUUGUCACUGGGAAGCCAAUAGAUCUUGGUGGAUCAUUAGGUAGAGAUGCUGCUACAGGAAGAGGUGUGAUGUACGCUACUGAGGCUCUUUUGGCUGAACAUGGAAAGUCCAUUUCUGGAUCAACCUUUGUUAUCCAGGGUUUUGGUAAUGUUGGUUCAUGGGCUGCACGAAUCAUCCAUGAGAAGGGUGGCAAGGUGAUUGCACUUGGAGAUGUGACAGGCUCAAUCAGAAACAAGAAUGGGUUAGACAUACCUGCUCUGAUGAAGCACAGAAAUGAGGGUGGUGCUUUGAAAGAUUUUCAUGAUGCGGAAGUCAUGGAUUCUUCAGAGCUACUAGUGCAUGAAUGCGAUGUUCUCAUCCCAUGCGCUUUAGGUGGAGUGCUCAACAGGGAAAAUGCACCUGAUGUGAAGGCCAAAUUUAUAAUUGAAGCUGCUAAUCAUCCAACUGAUCCAGAAGCUGACGAGAUUCUUGCCAAGAAGGGAGUGACCAUAUUACCUGACAUUUACGCCAACUCCGGUGGUGUGAUCGUUAGCUAUUUUGAGUGGGUUCAGAACAUUCAAGGGUUCAUGUGGGAUGAGGAGAAGGUGAACAUGGAGCUCCACAAGUACAUGAACAAUUCUUUCCAGCACAUCAAGGCCAUGUGUAAAUCUCAUGAUUGCAACCUGAGGAUGGGGGCGUUCACCCUGGGAGUCAACCGGGUUGCACGUGCCACCCUCUUGAGGGGAUGGGAGGCAUGAGGCCAUUAACAACACUCAUAUCCAUGUCCGAAAAUGUUGGACGACCAAUGUCUGAUCUGAUAAAUUCAUCAGAAGUGGCCGGCUUGGAAGGAGCUCACUUGCAAUAAUAUUCAAGAUAGAUCGGCGUCGGCGUCCUUCCACCGUUCCGGCGAAAAAUAAUAAUAAAUAUAUUAAGGGUACCUAACAAAAAUGUGAUGUUUCUUCUUUCGUUUUUACAAAAGGCCGAUUCAAUCGUGCGUGAUUAUAGUAUUGACAAAAAAUGGUGUAAGCUCUAGAGGCAAUUUGAAUUUCACAAAGGUUGUAUUCUGUCAUUGUCAUUCUGUGGUUCAAAGUCUGCGAGAUGGUUGACCCCCAAGUCUGAAUUAUAUAAAAUAACAUUGCAAAAAAA